AUGUCAAUGAAUAUAUAUUUUGGGAACUUGAUGCUACUGAUCUAUCUUCAUGUUGCGGCAUUUUAUACACUAUUCAUUCAAAUUUCGUUAAAUUCUUUAAUAUUCUAUGGCUCACUUUUAAUAAUGGGACAACUUGGAACAACAAUAGCUGCUCAUCGAUACUUUGCACAUCGUAGCUUUGAAUGUAUUAAAUUCUUUAGAUACUUUCUUGUCAUGCUGCAGUCAUUUUCUCCAUUUGGAUCAAUCUUGCAUUAUGUUAGGUAUCACCGUUUACACCAUAAUUUCAUUGGCACUAAUGCAGAUCCAUUCAAUUUAAAUCGUGGAUUUUUCUUCUCAUAUAUUGGCUGGUUAUUCACUGAAGCACAUCAUGACGUAUAUGUGGAAAGAAAAAAUGUCAAAAUGGAUGAUUUGAAUCAGGAUUCAAUGCUGCAAUAUCAAAAAUCAAAUUAUGUCCUAUUGACAACCAUCAUCAACUUUAUUUUUCCAACAUUUGUGUGCGUCUUCUUUUUCAAUGACAGCAUAAUAUCAGCAUGGCAUAUGAAUAUGAUGCGAAUUUUAAUUUUACUUCAUUGGAGUUUAAUGAUCAAUUCAUUUGGUAACUUUAUUGGAAAGAAGCCUUACAAUAAAGAUAUUACACCUAAAAGUUCUGAUAUUUUGAGUCUACUUGGACUAGGCGAAGGUUUUAAUAAUUAUCACUACGUUUAUCCAUGGGAUUAUAAGGCCAGCGAAAAAAUAUCCACAACGUUCAACAUAUCAGCAACUUUAAUAGACUUUGUUUGGAUGUUCGGUAUCGUUACUAAGCGAUAUACAACAUUUAUAGAAAUGGUUGAAAGAGAUGCAAUUAGUAAUGGAGAUGGAAGUCAUCUUUAUGCACAAAGAAUGGCAAAAGUUUGGGCAGAUAAAUCAUAUAUUAAGACUGGUGACUCAAAACGAGAUAAUAUCAAUAUUUGGGGAUUUGGUGAUGAUAAAAUGUCAGACGAGGAUAAGAAGCAAGUUAAAGUUUUGAAUUAUUGA